CCUCCGCGCAGACAUGCUGCAACGCUCCCCAGAGCCGACGCCCCCGGCAAUCCUCCAUAGCCGAGCCUGGCCCUUCUCUCCUUCACGCCCCACCCCUCAUUCGGGCCAUCACCGACGGGCGCGGGGACAAGGAUUCCGCCCUGCCCGCCGCCGGCCGCCGCCCACCUCGGCGCGCCUCUCGGAUAGCGCGAAUCGCGUGGUCCGCCUCCUCGCGGCGGGACGUCCGCACACCCUGCGCUCCGCCGGCAACGGCGCCGGCUGCCGGCCCGCCUACUCCUGCCGCACGUGAGCCCUCCGCGACGUCGGAUCGUCUGCUGCCAUCCGGAUUGCGCCCACCACCACGCCGGCUCCGUCUCCUGCCAUUGGGAUUCCGCCCCCACGACGCAAUCCUCUUCGCCCAAUCCCUCCCAGGUGGCAUGCUAGCACAAUAAUGCAGUAAAGUUGUGUCAUGAGUAAAAUGUGUCAUGUAUGUGCAUCAAAAGAGACAACCAUGGAUGAGGUCAAUAUCGACCUGACCUGCAGUACAUCUUGCUCCAAGAUGUGUGAUCAUAGUGAGGGGUUAUCAAUUGUUACUGAUGAGACCAACUGGUUGCACAUGGACUCAAGCCCUUGCAGCACUCCUUAUGGCACCCCCAUGAUCAGCCGAGAAAAUUCUUUCUCAAGCUUUGCUAGUUGCUUUUCAAGCCUUGGUGACUCCCUAACGGACUCUGACUUUGAAGAGGAGAUUGAGAUCCAAGAUACUGGUCAAAGUUAUCCUGAUUUUCUAUUGAAUGAUGAUAUAAUGGAGCAAGGAGAAGGGAGUUUAAUACAAGUGGAAGACUGUCAACUCUGUGAUAUUGCUAUUGUUGAUGACGGUGCUACUGUUCCCAUUCCAGCAGAUCAAAAUAUUUCAUCUGGUCAUCCAGAAUUGGAAACACCAGAAGACUCCACCAAAGGGAAAUUUGAUGACACUAAUAAUACUUCAUGUUUAAAUCUACCUUCUGAGCAGCAUCAAGAUUUCCUAUCCAAUAAUCAAUCUAUAGAAACAAAAUGUGGUGUAUCAGUGGAAGAUUUCGAUCUUAAACAAUCCGGUGUGAUAGAUGUUGAAGAGGUCACCAGCCUUCCUAUGCCAGGUGGUGAUAUUGUUCCAUUGAAUGAACAAGUUAUGGAUCAACUUGAUGGUAGCAUGGAAAAUACAAUAGUUUAUAAUAAUAUAUCAAAUACCGAACCUGACAUGAAACAUGGUGAUGACUUUGAUAAUGAAAAUGAAUGCCUAUACCCACUUGUAUUGCCCAGUUUUGAUGCAGAUCCUCUCAUCUGGUCGCCACCAGCACCAGAAAAUAUGAAAGAUGACUUUGAUACUGUUUCUGAUAACUCCGCUGAAAGUGAAAAUAACAGCUCUGGCUGGGCUAGGUCAAGUUUCAACAUCAACUUAGCAGAGAGAAGCAAGGAAAGCCAUGAAGACCAAUUGCAGAAAGUAAUGUCAGAAGUUAUGAAUGGGCAAUUCAAGAUCCUUGUAAGUCGUUUCUUGGCUGCUGAAGGGUUCUCUAUAUCUGAUGGAGGCACCGAGAAGAACUGGCUUGAUAUUGUUGCUUCAUUGUCGUGGGAUGCUGCACUACUUGUGAAGCCUGAUGCCAAUUCUGGAAAUGCAAUGGAUCCUGGUUUGUAUGUGAAGGUUAAAUGCAUACCUUCAGGAUCUUACCAGCAGAGUGAAGUGGUCAAUGGUCUUGUUUUUAAGAAGAGUGCUGCACAUAAACAGAUGCGUGCCAAUGUAAAGCAUCCAAAAUUGUUACUUCUUCAGGGUGCGCUUGGCCAUUUUUCAACAGGGCUAGCGUCAAUAAAUUCAAUGAAACAGGAAAACGAACAGCUGGAGAAAACACUUAGUGAAGUGAUAGGCAAAUGCCAGCCUGAUGUUAUAUUGGUGGAGAAAGUAGUUUCCCGUAAUGUGAAUGAACAUGUUCAGAAACUAGGAGUUACAGUAGUUAGUGACAUGAAUAUGCGUCGGCUGGAAAGAAUUGCUCGUUGCACUGGCUCUCCAAUAGUAUCAUUGCAGAAUGUUCUUACAAAACCCAGCAUUAUUAAGCAGUGUGAGUCUCUCCAUUUUGAAAAGUUUGUUGAAGAGCAUAAUAUUACUGGAGAAGAUGGAAGGAAGUCAUUGAAAACGUUUUUGUUUCUAGAGGGCUUUCCAAGACCUCUGGGAUGCACAAUACUGCUGAAAGGCGCAGCAAGAGAAGAACUUAAGAAGAUUAAGCGUGUCCUUCAUUUCACUGUCUUUGCAGCUUACCAUUUGAUCCUUGAAACUUCAUUCUUUGCUGAUCAAAAAUUAUUUACGACAGACAAACCUACCACAGGGAAAGAGAAGUGCUUUAAAACUAAUGCACUCCAUCUUGAUCCCUGUUAUGAUAGUUCGGAAAACAGUGACACCAUGAAACACCCAACUUGCGAUGAUCAGUAUGCUAAUCAGGAAAAGUUCAUUCAUACUGAAAGGCCUAUACUGCUGCAUCUUCAUGAUAACAAAACUAUGACGCCUGAAGAUCCUGCUGUGCAUAUUGACAGCAAAGGCAUUUGGUCAUAUCCAUCAUUGCCUGUUUCAGUUCCCUCGACCAAUUUUAUGCAGGACACACCAUCAUCAGAUUAUGCUGUGUCAAACACAUGUGAUGGUUUUGAUGGCUCAUCAUUCAUGGAUACUUCCAAAGAGGUGCAGAAGAAACAAUUAUCUGGCGAAAAAUUUCAAGAAAAGGCUAAUGGAAUUUGUGCUGAGAGUGGAGCUUCUUUGAAUACUCAGGACAUCUUGAUUUCAAUGUCUUGCCAACAUAUCAGGAACCAAGUUGUUUGCGAACGGAGUCACCUUUCCCGGAUAACUUAUUAUGGGUAUUUCGAUACAUCUCUCGGACGAUAUUUGCAAGAUACGUUACUUAAUGAGAAACACAGUUGCUUAUCGUGCGGUGAGUCUCCAGAAGCUCAUAUGUACUCUUAUACUCACCAUAAUGGUACUCUCACUGUUCUUGUGAAAAGACUUCCCUUGGAGUCAUCACUUUCUGGUGAGGCUCAAGGAAGAAUUUGGAUGUGGACUAGAUGCUUGAGAUGCAGUGCUAAGCCAACCAAUAGGGUUAUAAUAUCUUCCUCUGCACGUAAUCUGUCAUUUGGGAAGUUCUUGGAACUCAGCUUCUCAACUCACUCUGCUGCCAAGAAGCUAUCAUCAUGUGGGCAUUUGCUGCAUAGAGACUGCCUACGUUUCUUUGGAUUUGGAUCCAGAGUUGCUAUGUUCAUAUACUCAUCUGUUGAAAUAUAUUCUACUUGUAAACCUCCAUUGACUUUGGAGUUCAAUAAUAGAAACAAAAAGGAUUGGCUUGAUGUUGAAGUGAAUAAUGUCCAUCUUAAGUGGAAACAACUAUUCUCAGAAAUUGAAAAUGGAAUACAAGACUUAAGAUCAAGGUACACUACUCAAACCAUGGGGGAAGGCACCAACGUUUCAGUAUAUGAGGUAUUACUUUUGGAGGUGACUAGGAUGCUUACGCAGGAAAAAAAUGAAGUUGAGGUUUCUCUGAAGGCGUUUAACCAAGUUGCAACACCUGAGAGUUUUGCUCAUGAGAUCCUUGGUUUGAACUGGCUUUACCAGCAACUUCUUCUUGGGUUCUAUAUUUGGGAUCUUCGAUUGCUUCAUAUUCUCCAGUACACUAAAAUUAAUACUGUAUCUUCAGACAAUUCUAUUCACGAAAGGACGGUAAAGAGUGAGCUGAAGAAUUCUGGCAGUAUUGCUCUCCAAGACACACCAUUAAUGAAGAACAUUGGAACAGAAAGAAAUGAAGCAACUAUAAGUUCUUCUAGCAGCUUUGAUGAUUCAUGUUGCAAUAAAAUUUUGGAUAAGGCUCAACUUAUUGAUAAUCUAAUAAUCAAAGAGCAUGAGUUGCCCGUUUAUCAAGAUCAUAAUGUCAGAUCAUCUCUUUCUUCUCCAGGCGAAGCUACUGAAAAUGGUUCACAUCAGUUUGAGGCAACUGUGGAGAUUGCUAAUGAGUUUUGUUUGGAGAAAUCACCAUAUACAAAUCAUGAACAGCCUGCAGCAUCCAAAGUAAAUGAAAUAUAUCGUGUUGUCAUACCGAGUGAUGAUGCAGGAAAAUGGGUUUGGAAUCAAUUUAGUCACUUGGAACUCGAAUAUAAGAAAGAGCUUCAAGGUGGUUCUUUGUAUAAAUUUCACCUUAUCAACAAAUACACCCCAUGUUCUUCAUCAUUGACACAAUUAAAACGUCAGAUGGACUUGGGGCAUUUUAUAGUUGGCCGUGGUGGUAAUAUCUUGUCAAUUGCUGAGGAAGAGGUUUCCAGCAUUAUUGCUGUCGCAUUAACUAUAUCUGAACAACAAGGGUUCUCUUCUGAAGCUGCAUCUAGCAACUUGGAUAGAAAUGCUUCUAUGUUGUCAUCCAUUCUUGCAUCGAAAAUAUCACCUGAGGAAUCAACAUCUGGGUUUUAUGAUUCAUUUCUGUCAGCUUUUAAAGAUCUGCAUCCUGAAAUUGAUCUGAACAAUGAAAAAAUAGCUCUUAGAAGCAAAUAUACCGUUGUUUGUAUAUAUGCAAAGCAAUUCCAUGAUCUUCGGAAGAUAUGCUGCCCAUCAGAACUUGCCUAUAUUUCAUCGAUAAGCCGCUGCAAACAUUGGGAUGCACAGGGCGGAAAGAGUAAGGUUUUCUUUGCGAAAUCAAUGGAUGACAGAUUUAUCAUAAAACAAAUCAAGAAGACUGAGUUUGAUUCGUUCUUAAAGUUUGGUCUCGAGUACUUCAAGCAUUUUGGUGUAUCUGAGGUCUCAAAUAACCCUACAUGUCUCGCAAAAAUUCUGGGAAUAUAUCAGGUUAAGGAAACAAGGAAUGGCAAGGAAACAAGGGCUAAUUUUAUGGUUAUGGAAAAUCUUCUGUUUGGGCAUAAUAUACUACGUAGAUAUGAUCUGAAGGGUGCUCUUUUCUCACGAUAUAUUUCUGAUUCAAAAAAUCCUGAAAUGGUGCUGUUGGAUCAGAAUUUUAUUGAAGAUAUGCGUACCAUGCCAAUCUACAUUGAGGGAAAAACCAAAAACCUCAUGGAACGUGCUAUUUGGAAUGACACAGCUUUUCUAAGUAACAUGAAUGUCAUGGAUUACUCCUUGUUUGUUGGAGUUGACAAACAGAAGAAAGAGCUUGUAUUUGGAAUUAUAGAUUAUUUGAGACAAUAUACUUGGGACAAACAGCUGGAAUCUUGGGUGAAGACAUCUCUUUUUGUUCCGAAGAAUCUAUCGCCAACUGUUAUUUCACCUAGGGAGUACAAAAUCAGAUUCAGAGCAUUUAUGUCACAAUACUUUCUAUCAGUUCCAGAUGCUUGAGUCGUGGGGCCUGGUCAUUCCUGGUAUCGGUAGUUGCCUAAACUUGUCAUGAGUUAGGAUCAAUUCAUCUACUUCAUUUUUGUGGCGUGUGUAUAUCUAUCCUUGUCUAUUUUGCUUCUCAGCAGUUGUACAUCCUAGCAUUUAGGACACCAGGGAAGUGCAAAUUUUAAGCAAAUGAAUGGUGACACAUAAAUAACCUAGAUAGUGUUCUUAAUUGAUGAUAGUUAGGGGGUGGAGAUUGAGGAUAUAGGGGUAGAGGAGAAUAUAAUGCACUGCAGUUGUGUUUAUUGGAAUAUAUAUUGCUGAAUUGCAAGCCACAUUCUCAUCCUUUCUGUAUUACUUUAAUAAAAUGAGUGGUAAGGUUUGUGGGUUGAGCACUACACUUGCCAUGACAGGCACAAAUACAGUGACACCAUUUGGUCAAUAUAUGUCUAUUGUAAUGUGAUCUAUCCUAGAACAUCAUGAAUUAUAUGUUAGAUAAGUCUCAUAUCUGUGCGUCUAUGUAUCUAUCUAUAUUACUAGAUAGGACUAGGUAUAGUCCCCCGGGGUGAUCUUGACCAUCAAUGGGAUCACACGGUGGUUUUACUGACCUCCUGUGGCCUCCUAGGAAGAACCGGGGUUAAAGAGGUGACUUGGCUAAGUCCCCCGCCCCUAUAUAUGUAACCCUGUGCCCCUUGGACCAACUGUUGCGCUAACAAUUGAUAUCAAGAGCUAGGGUUUCUCUCUUCCCCCAUCUACCUCUCUCUCCCUCCUUUCCCGAGAUUCGGCCGCCGGCCACCUCCUCUCUCCCUAUCUUCCGGCAGCGCCCCUCCUCCCUCCACCCCUCACAGCGCGGCGCGAGGUGUGUGCAGGACGCGGCCGGUGAGGCGGAAGCGCGGCAUGCACGGGCGCACAAGGGAGGAGGCUAACGGACGGAGUGAUGGGGCCAGGCGAGCGGCUCUCGAGCGCAGGAUGUGGGCAGAGCUGCUCGCGGGCGCGGGGGUGGCCCGACUGCAGGGCAGGCGCGUAGUGGGAGGAGCGGGCGCAACGCAGCUUGACGAGGCUGCGUGUGGGCGUGUCGCGGCGUGGGUGCGCGGGGGGCGCACGGGGCCCGGCGCAGCGGCGCCAGCGCAGACCAGCAUCGCGCGGAGGCCGUGUAGUGGCGCGAGCGUGGGCGGACCGGCGGCCGGCGCGGUGCAACGGGUUAGUGGUGAGGCACGGUCAAGUGCGUGCGUGCACAAGGAGCAGAGCAGCGGGACGGCAAGCGAAGCCGCGCGCGGGAGCAGCAUAGGGCUGUUGCUGUGGCAGCGGCUCGGCUGCGCGGAUCCAGGCGGGAGCAGCGGCGGCUCUGCUUGGAGCAGGGUAUGUGGCCAGAAGCAGCAGCAUGCUGUUCCAGCAGCCCGCGUGCAGGAGGGGCAUGUCCAGGAUGGCCGUCUCGAGCUCAUCCCGGGCCUCCUCUCACGGCUCAACAACGUCGAGCACGUGGUGCCGGGCAGCGGCGGCCGCAUUGGAUGCAACGGCUGCAGCGGCGCGUGAGGAGGCAGCCGCGUAGCGGCGCAGGGUGUGGCUGCUGCGGAAGCAGAGCGCACGUGGGCGGAGCGGCGGCGCAGGCGGAGCGGGAGGCUCUCGAGGCGGAGAAGGUUGCUGCGGCGGCGGCCGAGGCUGAGGCGAAGCUGUUUCAAGUGCAAUGGUGCAGGGUGUGGUGUGUGGCUACUGCGCGCAUGGCUGAGGCUAAGCUCCAGGCCGCGUCGGCAGAAGAGGAGGCUCAGGCCGCGCAUAAGGCGCUGGAGGCUAUGGUGGCGAAGGUUGCGUGCAGAGCCGAAUGGGAGCGGCAAGCUGCGGCUGUGGCGGAGGCCACGAUAGCCGUGGCGAAGGCCACAACAACUCCCGUUGCCCCUCUGCGGCUGGAUGCACCGGAGGUGACUGAUUCAGAGGCCGACAUGCAGAUAGUGUUGCAGACCCUCGACGUGCGGGCGGUGCUGCAGGCAUGAGACGCACGGGAGGCCCUCUCGAGGCUCGGCAAGCUCCCCGAGGAUGAUCGGAGCAUGGAGGCGGAGCGCGAUCGGCAACAACAGUUAGACCGUGCUGACCGGCUCCGUCGGUUGGACCGUGAUCGCGACUCCGACCUCGACUCUGUACGGGUCCGCGAAGGCGAGCAGGCACGACGCAAGGUGGUUGCUCCUCGGGACCGUGAAGCCGAGCACGGGGGAGACCGUACUCGGGAUCUGAAAGGAUCUUGGUGAUGCCUAGAAAGGGAGGGGGGGUUGAAUAGGCGAACCUGCAAAACGUGAAAAAUUAUUUGCACAAGUUAACCCUGUCAGAACUUCCGACCCUGUGAAGGAAGUUCCGACAACACAAUAGAAUUUGAACAAGAUUCAAAAACUAAGAUGAAAUUGAAAAACCUGUUUGAAUCAAAAGUUCACCAAUGGGUUGUAAGUGAUCUUAUGAACUAGAACAACUCAAAAGAGUAGAUCGGGACAAACUAAGCUUUUGGUCAACAAGAACAAUAUGAAAACAAUAAGAGCAAAUUGACACAAGAUUUAUCUCGAAGUUAACUCUCACUAAGGAAGCUACGUCUCCGUUGAUAAGCUCACAAAGAGCCGAGUUGCCCUAUAACCUUUUUUCCUCACCUAAUCAACCACUUAGGAAGAUUGAGAUACUCACUAGCAAUUGUUCACAAAGGACGGGGUAAUACAAACUUUUCAGGGCGCUCACCACACGAGAGGGCGCUCCACGGGCGACGCCGAACCGUCUAGGAGCAAGCUCCAAGAGUAACAAACGCGAAUCGAAUGUUGGAGAUGCUUCUAGUGCCCUUGAGAAGAACUUGCUGCUCACACAAGUCAAGAACUCAAGCUCACACUCAAAUCUAGCUUACACCCAGAGCCUUAGCUUGGAUUCACUUAAGGAUUAGCUCUUGAAGGGGAUGGGGAGAAGUUUUGGAAGCUUGAGGAUGUUUUCAAGUCGUGGGGUCAGCAGCCCUAACUGAAAGGGGGUGAAGAGGCAUAUAUAGACAAGCCUAAAAAACUAGCCAUUGCUGGCUGUUUAUGUGGUUGUAGGAACUUCCGACACUAGGUCGGAACUUCCGACCAGUUAAAGAACUAAAGAUCGAGAGGUUUUUGUCGAAAACAGAAUGAGACCUCCGAUAUGAGGGGUCGGAAUUUCCGACCCACUAAACUUCAGCUGGCCAAGGACACUUUGUCGGGAGAAGCACAAAACUUCCGAGGGGGUCGGAACUUCCGACCCCUGCUGAAAAAGUAGGGUUAAGUGCAAGUGAGUGCAUGGUGUCUUUUAUCUGGUUGUUAGCUUCUCAUCUAGACACUUUGGCAUCUCCGGACUAUCUUUUUGCAUCCCUCUUAAUAGAAUGGUGCUUCCUGUACUCAAAUUCAAAAUAGAAUUUAUAAAGAUCUUUAAUGAAGCUCAUGCACCGUCUCUAGUGAAUAUGACGUCGUUAAUUGCUCUUUUUCGUUUCAAUGAUUUUAGAUCCUGCUCAUAACUUAAUAAACGCAUUAGCUCCUUAAUUGUGCGUGUCAUUAUCAUCAAAACCUACUUAGGGGGCCAAAUGCACUUACACGACCACGGAGGCUUUGGUCGUGAUUUCGGCCGUGUUGGAUGCGGCGACCAUGGCAGGCUAUGCGGCAGCGAGGAGUGGGUACCCCUCACCAAGCUCAGACGAUUGGUGAAGAGUGGCAAGCUCCGAAUGGUUGAGGAGGCGUACCUUCACUCGCUUCCCAUCAAGGAGCACCAGGUCUCGGAGACCGGUCUCGGGGCUCACGGCGGCGCACUGUGAGUCACUGGAAGAAGAGCACCAUGAGCUGGAGGUCGAUCAGCUCACUUGCUAGUGGGCUGAAAUCCAACUUUUACCCACACCAGUCCAUACUAGUAUUGUAAAAAAAAAUAAACCCAUCCCAAUGCGAUCCAUUCACUACAAAAACCAAUCCACCCCACGAUUAUAUUAUAUUAUCCUGUAUACUGUACCGAUGCACCACACAACUAUGGUUUUAACCCAUUGUGAAACCCAUUAACUUGGCGUUGACCCGGGACGACGGCAGACUGCUGACGAGGAUCUGGAACGCGAUGGUGGUGACGCAACCCGGCGAGAUCGUCCCUAGCGGGCCACCGCUGCUGGAGCUGGACUCACCCGCUGCGUCGGACCUUGGCUGGGCGUCAGGCAGGAUAGCAAAGCCCGACGACAGCAGUGGGAUGCCUGACGCGUCCUCGCCGCUCAUCCCCUGCAACAAAAAAAGGCAUCAGCAAUCUAUUCGUCACAUAAUUCAGCAGCACAAUUGCACGUUCGUGCAAAAGAAAAGAGAUGAAGAUGAGUGGUUUGGUUGAGUGCUCACUCUCAGCACAAAAACACAGUUGUCAGGGUUGGGGCCAUUGGGGAUGCGCAGCACCUCCUGAACCUGAUUGGCGUGCGCUAGGAUGUCCCACUGUGCCGCAGCAAUGGCGAACGUAACAGUCAAGCGUGCGAGCAUCAAGUGAGGUGAUGUUGAUGGCGGUGAUGUGUCCCAGAGUUCGGUCGGACGCCGAAGGGGCAAGUCGCCGGCGAGGCGGGGGCAUACUUGGGAUCGCGCGUUCUCGUCGCGGAGGAAGGCGAAGGCGUGGCUGGCGGGAAUGGGCAGCCAGAUGGAGGUGGCGACGAUGAGGACGACGUUGUUGGGCUGGCCCAGCUUGGCGCUGCGCUGCGCGGGGAGGUGGCGGCCGGCGGCACAAGUUCUUGUUGAUGUGGAGCAACAACUGUUUUCAUCCAUGGGCUAUCCAUGGGUUGUAACUCGUUUGGAACAAAAAAAAUUAACCAAACUGGCCCAAUCCAUUAGGUCGGUAAUCCCAAAUCUAUCCAGCCCAAGAUGCACGUGGAAACCAUUGCUGCCAACCCAGGGAAAGCCCAUAUACAAUCCAAACUGUCUAACCCAUUCCGGCCUAAUCCAUUAGCAGGGCUACGCAGCGGCGCCUAGAGGUGGAUUGCGCUCGCCAGCGGCAGUUGGACUGCGCUGACCGGCAGUUGGAUCACAACCGCAACUCCGAUCUCAACCCCUACUUCGACUCCAAGCCAAGGGUGCAGACAAGAUGCUCAUGGAGCGGAGGCACGCUGAGCUCGAGCUCGUGUGGCCUGGACUACGUCAAGACCGAGUUCUCACUCGACGUCUACUCUGGAGCUGAGCCAGGGCCUCACCGCGUGGAGUGGCACCCUGGCCAACAGGUGUUCAAGGACGGCCCGCAGGUGAUGCGCUGGGCCAGGUUCGGGACACAUCAUACGAGGAGGUUGAGCUGGCUCUGUUCCUGUUGGAUAGGACAGGAACAUUGAGCUUCGCCAUGUGGCGGCAAAAGGGGGAGAGAAAGGAUCGGACUUCUCUCCUCCCAUCAGGGAUGAAAAUGGUUGGGAAUGGUCGGGAAAACCCCCAAACCGUUAUUGUUCUUGUUUUUUUUUUUGGCCGGGAACAGGAGCGGGAAUGGGAAAGACGGACGGGAAAACGAAUUCGAUAUUACGGGAUAUCGGAAAUGGAAAUUACGGAUCGGGAACAUAUCAAUUACGAUGGGAAAAUAUCAAUUACGGUCGGGAACACGACACAUGUAACCACUUCAAACAUUUAGCUCGACAUCAUGUAUACAUCACACUCACACAUCAUCAAGUUGACAACACAGUUCAGGCGGCACAAGUUCGAAAUAAAGAAAAAAAUACCACAUGGGCAGCACGGCAGCAGCAGCCAGUAGCCGACAGCGGUGGAAGAAGGUCGACGCCUGUCGCGUGGAUCUCGGACCUUAGCGCCGCGGCGCCGGCACUGCCUUCCUCUUCUCAGCCCCCGCCGAUGGAUCCCCGGCCACAGAGGCGGAGGCGGCCUCGCAACAUUUGGGAUGGGGGGUUUGGGGGAUUUUCGCGGCUCGGAAGUCGGUGGUGACGCCGACCUAGGCUAGCAGGGUGGGCAUUGCGGCGGAUCUCGUGCCCAAGCCACGGUCGCAGCCUCCCGUCCAGGCGUACCCGCUAGCGCCACCAUCCCACCUCGCGACGCGACCCUCACUAGCUCGCCCUCCGCUCGCCGCUCUCACCUCGCUAGCUCGCCCUUUCGUGGCCCUUUGCUCGUCACCCGGCCAACCCCACCUCAUGACCCACAUCUGCGAGAAGCUAGUGCACAGGGCCAAGGAGGUGCUGCAGUGGCGCGCUGGCGGCGGAGGGGCCUAGGCGGCUAGGCACGGUUGCAUGGAUACUGGGGAGUGCGGCGGUCGGCAGCGGGAAGUGAGGGGUGGCUGGGUGCGGCGGCCGGCGGCUGGAGGAGAGGGUCGCGGCAGCCGGCGACUGGAGGAGAGGGGCGCGACGGCCGGCGUAGGAUUGGGAUUUGGGUGAGGGACCUAGGGUUGGACGGUUGGGCCGUUUGGGCCUUGGGGACGCCUGCGCGGGCCUGAGGUUGGAAUUGGAGAUUGGGCUGAAAUUGUGGUUGAGGCCCACAAAUCCGGGAAUUCCCGCGGGAAUUUUCCCGCGUGAAAACGGUCGGAAAAACACUCCAACCGAUUCUGUUCCGGUUCCCGCCCGUUUUCCCAUUUUUUCCCCCGUUUUCCUGUUUUUCCCUAGAAAACAGUUUAUGGCCGGUUUAGACAGUAAACGGAGCCGGUCGGGACGGGAUUUUCUCGUCCCGUUUUCAACCCUACCUCCCAUGACAAUCACCACCGCUCUCUUCCACUUUGACGACCCGAUGCUUCGUCGUCGACAUCCACCUUGAAGCAUCCGGGGGAGUUGGCAGCUCUUCUACACUGAGCCUGCCUACUCCAGCAUCCGAGUCGCCAUCGACCCCAUUGAGUUCUUCACUAGCUCUGGCAGGUUCUCCACCAACGCCCACGACGACUUUCACGUGGCUUGGACCACAAUGUGAGACUUAGGGAGAGAAUGUUAGAUAAGCAUGGUUUUUACGGCGGCAAGGCGAGGCGAGGCGACUCACCCCCUUCCAGACGCCUAGGCGAGUAUGGCGUGCGGCGAGGUGACACCAUACACAUACCUUAACCUAGAUGGAGUGAUAGAAACAUAUCUUGUUGCUGCAAGUUUUGGAGCUCAUCUAGCAGACAUCCUCCCACUUCCAAUUGUCCUUGUUCCUUGCGGGAUGCAACCCUCUUGCAUGUUUGAAAUUAGUUAGUGAAAUAGUGAGUGCUGAUGAUUGUAACAGCAAGUCAAACAUUUUUGUAAUAUGAUUAAAUGAAUAAAUAUGGAUGUGGAUCAACUGAAAUACCUUCUUGAUGGCCUGAGCCUGACUUCUCUUUUCUUCUUGUCCCAAGCAGCAAGCUACAUAAAUAUUAGACAAUGAGAGAACUCAUCAGCAAAAAUACAACACAAGAGGCCGCAGGUCACUAGGAAACUGGGAACUAAAUAACAGCAUGAGUGCUUGCAAAAUACAUCCAAAGUAGCAUCAUUGCAUAGAUAAUAGUGGCAUAAUUAAUAGCAGUUCACAGCCACAUUGGUACACAUUAGAAACAAAACAAGCUAGGCAAGUAGUGGCGCACUGCACAAAAGAAAGAGGGUGCAGAUCUGAAUUUUCUCAACAGCCAGCUCUUAGCAGUCAAUAUCCAUCAUCAAACUCAUCAACAGCGUUUGCAGCAGCUUCGAUGUCUUCUCCACCAACAUUGCAACCAUUGGAAGCAUCAUCAUCCUCACAAUCAGUGAAUUCCGCAAAACCCCUGAUUAAGGAGCCUCUCCUUCGAGAGAUGCAAGUUCAGGUGUUAAGUGUUCUGUCUGCCCAUUAACCUCCCUCAUUGCCGCCCGCGCCCGCGCAACGGGACGGGCUGUGGGCCGGCAUGGAGGUCAGCAGAGAAAGCAAGAACGAGAUGUGUAUGUAUUUAAAUGGGUGGCGAGGCGUGCCACAGGAGCAAGCUGGAUGAGCAACUGCUGAUGUGCACUGAUUACUUGUACUCUAGGAAUGCAGAUGUUUGUUGGUGCGACUGUUGUGAUCUGCCAUUUCCUCUUCACCAAUGAUUUCACAAAGGUUUUUUACAGGUAUCAAGCAGUUUGGUGGCAUUCUCUAGUUGUUGUGCCUGACAGUGCCAGUGAUGAGAUAUUUGCCUUCCAAUCUACUAGGUACAUGCAUCUGAAUUUCCGUGCAAAUUUUAUUAAUGAACUCACUGUGUAUAGAACACUACUGCAUUUGCAUGUACAUGUGUAUCUCAGUAUCUCUUUGUACAAAUUUAGUGUGGUUUCUCGAUACAGAUUCUGUGAUUCUGUCAUAGGACUAUUUAUUCUAGCCCAUUAAUAGAUCAUGAGACUGUUGAGAAUUAGAGAUUUUGUAUUUUUGUGUUUUAGUUACUAGUUACUAAUUAGCCAAUUAGCUAAUCGUGUAAAGGAUAGUCAAACAUGGCUUUGUCCUCUGAUGGCACUGAUGUUGAGGAUCUUUUUGUCUGAAUAAUUUUCAGAUUCCGUACCCCCUAUUCUUACAUAUUCAAAUUACUAGUGGCAUUAAUAAAAUACUUCUUUGUCAAUAAGAAAACCUGCUUAUCGAUUAUUUCAUAUGUGAUAUGUCUAAAGCGCACAUCUAAUUCCAGAUGAUGCUAGCUUGCUGAAAAUUGAUGGUUGAGUUCAUUAAUAAAUGUGUGGUGCAGCUGUUCUAAUACUGCCCAUUAUUCUAGUCUGCAUUCCUAGUUGCAAAUUUAUCUGUCAAUUAUUCAAUUCGACAAGUAUUUCUAUGUAAUAUAGUAUAUUUGGAAACCUGCAUUGAAUUGAACAUUAGAUAGAGCAAAGAGUAUAUCCGGUCCUACUUGUUGGGGUGUGUCACCCCGGUCCAUAAACUCUCAAAAUGACUAAUUAGGUUCGUAAUCUCUAUUUUGGUGUCACUUAAGUCCAUAAGCGCGGGUGGUGUGGCGUCUUAUUGCAAUUAGGCCCCUCAAGUUAAUAAUCUGUUCUAGAGGCAUUAGGCCCGUACCCCUUCGUGACUCCACGGCUGCGUUCAUCGCAAGCGCAUCAAGGCGGGCAACGAAACAGCGGCGGCGUGGGCGGUGCCUCGGGUGGCGUCAAGGGUGGCGACCAGGACUACAGCAAGGGCCGGCGACCGAACUGGAGCCAUGACGCUGCGCCCACAAAGAUGGUGGCGAUGCUGCGGCCAAAAGGGGCUCGUCCCUCUGCUUAUGUGCAAUAUAUCACAUUUGGGAAAUUCAGAGAAGUAAGCUCUUACCCAUGUGUUAGGAGACAUCUUCUCUAGCCAUUUGUAGGCAUCCUCAUUCAAAGCUUUCAUAUGUUCCAUGUUUCUGGUCCACGGUUGGACUGAAGGUGACCUUGCACAUGCCCACGAUUGUUUUUUUUCAAGAUUUCCCCUUUGAAUUUCUCAUUGAAGUUAGCAUAUAAAUGCUUGACACAAAACCUGUGUUCUAACUAACGAAAUACUUGCUUCACUGCUGGGAUUAGACCCUGAAAGAAGACAUUUCUAUUAGACAACCAUACAUCAUGACAAAUGUUAGACAACCAAACUUGGUGAGAAAAAAAUACAAUACCUCCUUAUCUGUCAUUGCUGUCCAUGGGAAUGUGUUGUCUAUUUGUAUGUUUUCCUUUCAGGAUUUCAAAAUCCGUUUCCAUGUAACAAAUGACUCCACUUCAACAACAGCAAAAGCAAUAGCGUAUUGACGCUCAAUAGUGACCAAUUCUGAGCGUCAAUAAUAUCGAAAUAAAUGGAUGAGCUUGUGUUUCUUACACUCAUUAGGUAAUGAAUCAAGUUCACAUGUCCUCGUAGAAUUUUAUUAGUGCGGGUUUUUGGCCAAAAAAUGAAGGGCAAUCACACCCUUUGAUCCAAGAGGCAAAAGUCCAAUAACGUGUCGCCACACAGUCAUCACAUGGAUUGGAGGACCCACCAGUGAAGCAAAUCGACGUAUCAAAGGCUUGGCACGUGGCAUUAUAAAAGGAACCUUCAUGGGAGCUUCCAGGACGAAGGCGGUGACCAGGGGCUGGGCUCACUGGUCGGCCGACCAAUGCAACCCCCUCGACCUUCUCUUUUGGUGAAAAGCUUCCUGGUGGCUUCCCAAUGCUGGUUCAAGAUGCCUCCUCAGCAGAUUUCAGCAAUGGAACUGCCGGUGAACCUCCUCUAUAAAUAUGAUGGGUACUCCUAAUAGAGAUGAACACAAGAUGUAGCCAUUACUCACUUGUUCCAAUUUGAAUGUCGCCUUGUUCCAACGGUUUGUAGACGUAGCCUGCAGGUGGUGCAGGUGGUGACAGCCCUGUUUUGUGCCAUCGUAAUCCUCCUCGUUAGGUUGGGGGGGGGGGUAGGAGGUGCAUAAAUGUCCAUGAUGGCCAGACAGUCAUAUUUGUUUGAUAUGUGUGGUUCUCCCUGUUGUGUCAUGAAUCUUUAGUCCAAUUUGAUCAUGUUUCUGGAUAAACAACUCUGAUAUGUUUCAUGCUUGCUUAAGUUGAGUAAUGCUUCUAGUGCCCUUGUGCGCUCUUCAUUCCUCUAUUACCCAUAAAUGUUAUAUCUGAUAUAAGCUCAUCUUGUGUCACACUACCUUUGCCAUAUAUUAUCACUUACUCAUGUUCAGAUCCGAAUAUUAAUUCAGUAGCAGUUCUUCCUAGCUUAGUAAAUUCUUUGUACUGUCGUCUUCCCUGCGAAAAUAUAAAUGGCACUCCGGUAUACUCACAGGGUAAAAUGCUACAUCGGUAUAUUCUAUACGCUUGCGGAAUGAUUCAUGAUUCAGGAAUACUCUGUUCCUUAGUAAAAGUGCUAAGAAAUGUUAAGCAUUUCUUGGUGCCGUUGUUAGGACAGAUAUUUUAAUUAUGUAUCUAGAGAUGACGUUAACAAAUACCCAUAAGUAUUUUUGACGCUGUUGCCGGGGAAGGCACAUGUUAUGAAUUAUUAAUGUUUGGGAAACUGUCUACGAUUAAUAGCCGACAUCCAAACAGGACAACCAUGCUAUUUUCUCUUUUUAGUGAAAACAGGGUAGUGUUCGACUUAGUUCAAUGUGUUGGAAGCUUCAUGAUGAAAUCCGAGUCUACUCAAGAAAGCGUGAUCGAGGGUCAUUAAUCUCAAGAGAGUUCAAUUCCCGGCAAUUGAAUCAGUCUUGAUUGCAUCAUCAACCUUCAACGAAUCAGGUUCAGGUUUUUCCUUGAAUCUGGUUUUUUGUUGUUCUUGCUUGAUCACCAAUGAUAUAGAAGAUUAUAUCGACCGAAGGACCGGCCACAUCAUGAUGCAAUCCAGGUGAGUAGAUCAUCACUGAUCAUUUAUCAGGAUUAUUAGUACGGGAUAAUCAGAAUUCCACGGUCAAUCUUGAAUAUUAUUCUAAAAGAAGCAAGUGAUAGCUCUGAGGGCCCAACAUCGUAUCAAGGUAAGAAUUCUGUCAGCAUCCCUAAUGAUACGGUAAACACACAUGAUAUAUAAUAAAUACGCAUGUUAUUCGAUAAAAACACAUGACAAGUUGAAAACACAAUGAAUCAUAAAAAAAUACGUGAUAAAUCCUCGUCAUGCUCUGAAUAAAAUUUUCAAACUUAAAAAUAACGUAGGGAGAAAUUGUGGACUUAAAAUUUUGAACCCUUGCCGGCAAGUAAACCGGUAGUUAUCUCAAAUUUAUUUCCAACCAUUGCAUGUUUGAAUUUCUUCGGUUUUCAAAUUGGAUUUUUGCAUGAUUUUUUGCAUUCUUUUGCAUUGAAACCCUUGGCAUAUUUGGUUUUCCAACUUCUGCAUUUGCAUUUCUCAUAAUUUGUGAAUUUGGCCAAGCAUCCAAAGGGUAUUUUAAAGGGUAUUUUGAGAAGAAAAUGGCUGCCAUCUUAUUUUGGAAGCUAGCGCAUGUAUGAAUGUGGUUGAUUUUCAUGUCCAAAUUUAUUUGGGGCCAUUCCUAGAUCUGCACCGGCCUAAUUCUGCAAGCAUUCAUUCACAUUUGGAGUUUGUGGCGGUCAUUCAAGACCUCAGCCAAAGCUUGAGCUAUUUUGGCACCAAAAUGGAGCCAGCGACCAUGGGGUGGCUCCCCUCUAUAAAAGCCGGUGCACAUGACCUUCUCUUGCUGCCCCAAACAGAGCUGCAAGUGAUUGCCCUCGUGUUCCUCCCUCUACUCUAUUUGCUCUUGUUUUUGCUUCAAGUUCACAAGAAAAAGAAAAAAUAAUUCCUGCAUUUUUUCCGUUUCCUUUGCACUUGUGUUUCCUUUCGAUCUCGCUGCAAGAAAGUAUUUGUAGUGGUACUACUACCCCGCAAGAACCAUUGUGUGGAGCAGUCUCGCCCACAAGAACGAUUUUGUGGCGUGUUAUCACCUACAAGGACGAUUUUUGUGAGAGGCAACCAAGCCCCAUAUGGACUACUUAUUUCUCGGACGACUGACCUUUAUUUGCUAACACUAAUGUAAUCGUUUCGAGUUGUUGUGUGUUCUUGUGCUCUCUUGAUUUCAGGUAUGAGCAAAUCUGGAAGGAGACUCCUCGGUGCACUCAAGAAGGUGGGAAGUUCAAGUCGUUCUCUUGAGAGACUGAACGUGUACGAUUGGCCUACCCCUCCUUCAAGCCAUGAAGAAGCACCGGUGGAGUCCCAUGAAGAGGAAGCAGAGUCUUAGGCGCCGGGUGGCACCACAAGGGGAGGUGCCCGACGACUCUCACCUCGACAUUCGAGGGGACCGAGAGACCCAAGCCUCAACAUGCUAAAGAACAGGACGUUCAACCAUACCCGUGGCUUCGACGAUGAACUACUGGAGAAAAUAUGUAUGGAUGUCGAAUUUGGUAGAGUUUGGAGGGUUGUGGGUUGGUCUUCUUUUGCCGAUGUUUCUGGACUGGGUUCUUGAGAUUUAACAAUCCAAUUUCUCUGCACUCUUGUGGAGAAAAAGGAGGGUAUUUCGUUC